AUGUCCCAAAACGUUCUUCAGACUCUUGCCCUUGUUCUUCUGUCGCUACUGCUGGUGUCGGCAGAGCACACACUCAUGCAAACCCGUACGAACCGAAUUGUGUCGCGAGGAACUGAACCGUCUGUGAAUGCGCCGUACUUUUUAUUUUCGGUCUGCGAGGCGGAGAUUCAACAGUUUUGCCCAUCGCAGAAGGAAGCCCCGCUGAAGUGUCUUCUACAUCACUUCAGCGCAGCCCGACAGAACCCCCGCGGCGGUGGGGCCGCGCAGGGACGCCCCCAUCUCCUCCACGCCUACACCCAGCAGCCCCAACAGACCCUGCAGCCCACACAGCGACCGCAGGAGGAACCAGCGGAGACGCAGCCCCGGCGGCCCAUUCACUUUGGCAAAGAGUGCAGCAGUUGGCUCAGAGCACGGGAGGUGUGCGUCACGUACGUCCGAAGAUCAGGGCGGUGUCGUGCGUCUGAAACCGCGCGCGAAUGUCUGCGGAGGGUGCCAGCAAGUCUGCUCCCGCCAGGAUGUCGCAACACAGACUACCACCGCAGUGUCAUGCUCUACGGUGAAAUGAAGCGGCAGAAGAGAACGUAG